AUGAGGUGUGCUCAUGACAAUGGUGCAUCCACUCGGCGGCUGCAGUACCUGGUGGACGGGUUCUUCGUGGACAACUACACACGCAGCAUUGACCUGGUUCUCAUCACUCGUAAUGUAUUCUCCUUCGACAACCUCUUUUCCUCUCCUCUCCCUUUCCCGAUUACCCCUGUCCCUGUCAUCUCAUCCCUUCCUGUUGCCUCCCUUGCUGUCGCCCCCUCCAGCCAACAAGCAACUUUUCACCACCACCAUCAACCAUCCAAUGAGCAACUGUUCACCGCCACCAAAGCCACCCUCUCCCUUCAGCCGGGCGGCAGCAUGGACGCUACUUUCCUAAUCCAGCCGGUCAACGUGGAAUACUACGACCUGAAUGUGACAAACAACGUGAUACGGCUCGUCCUGGAGCUGCUGUUUGUGGCCGGCGUGGUUUGGAACGUAGUGGAGGAGGUGAAGGAGAUGAUGUGGAUUUGGAAGGUGCAGCGAAGGUCCUUCUGGCAUUACUGGCGGCAGGGGUGGAACUGGGUGGACUGGCUUUCCAUCUCCGUCCAGAUUCUCUGCAUCUGCAUGUGGAUAUCAAUGGCAGUGCUAUCCGGGCAGAGCUUCAACAUGCAGGCACGCUACAACAUCUACUACACUCUGGAUGAGUACCCGCGCUACUGGGCCCUCCCCAACCCGCCCUCGGGGUACCUGGCUGCAGUGGCUGCUGCUGACAAACUGGGCAGUAUUAUCAACACGAGCUCAGCUUACUUCGCUCUGCAGGGCAUGAAUGUGUUCAUCAUGGUGCUGCGAGUGCUCAAGCUGAUGGACUUCCAGCCGCACAUGGGCAUCAUCACUCGCUCCAUCCGCGUCGCCCUCCCCUCCAUCCUGCACUUCUUCCUACUCUCCCUGGCUGUCUUCCUCGCCUAUGCCACCUAUGCCUACCUCGUGUUUGGCAUGACCAUGGCACAGGUGAGUCGGACGUGUGUGUGCGGGGGGCGCAUGCGUGGCGCCUUGUGUGGCAGGCUGGUGAGGGCUCUCCCCUCCAUCCUGCACUUCUUCCUGCUCGCCCUAGCAGUCUUCCUCGCAUAUGCCACCUACGCCUACCUUGUGUUUGGCAUGACCAUGGCUCAGGUGCGUGCGUAUGUGUGUUGUGUGUAG